CUUCUUUUUUCCCACUGAAACUCACUGCAGCUGCAGGGUGUCCUCUGCAAUGGAGCAACAGCCGUCCAAUUCUUCAAAAAUGGAAACGUUUCGCCUUUUUGAUGGCAAUCCCCAACCUGGGUUUGGCUUAAAUUUUCUUGAAUCUCCGGAAAAACCCUUUCCCGCUCUACCUCCUUGCGUUGAAAUCCUCCCCUCUCAGGUAUCAUCAAAUGUGAAGUAUACGGUGGAAAGUGUAGAUAUUGAUGGGAUUACACUGAUUAAGGGAAGGGUGAACACUAAGGAGGUUUUCGCCUUUUCUAAUUUGGAUUUAGUGCCAGGGAAAUAUGAAGGAGGGUUGAAAUUAUGGGAAGGUUCGGUGGAUUUAGUGAAAACUCUUCAAUCAGAGAUGCAAGAUGGGAAGUUGUCACUUGCUGGAAAGCGAGUUUUAGAGCUUGGAUGUGGCCAUGGGCUUCCUGGAAUUUUUGCAUGCCUUAUGGGAUCUAGCUCUGUUCACUUCCAGGAUUUUAAUGCUGAGGUCCUGCAAAGUCUCACCAUUCCUAAUGUAAAUGCUAACAUUCAACAGAAGCCAAAGUCCAUAGGUACAGAUAUGACAGAAUGUAACACUAAGACAGAAACUCGUUUCUUUGCGGGUGACUGGAGUGAAGUCCAAAAUAUUCUUCCUUAUGUACGUGGUGAUGACUGUGGAAUCAACUCUGAUCAAGAAGUGGGUAAUGGAGGUGGUUAUGAUGUUAUUCUCAUGGCAGAGACAGUUUAUGCAAUCUACGCUCUUCCUACGCUCUAUCAACUUCUUAAGAAGUGCCUAACUAGUCCUCAUGGAGUUGUGUACAUGGCAGCAAAGAAGCAUUAUUUUGGAGUUGGAGGAGGAUCAAGGAGGUUUCUCUCUAUUGUUGAGAAAGAUGGUGUUUUGGCAUCGACAAUGGUUGCUGAGAUUGCAGACGGGUCCUCUAAUCUUCGAGAAGUGUGGAAAUUUCAUUUUAGGUGAAUUACUGGUUAUACGUGAAGGAAGCUAAUGAUUUUGUUGUCUAAUUGUUUACAGCAACUAGAAAGUUUGAUAUUAAAGCUAAAGUGUCUGCUCAAAUGAUUGCAAGAUGUCUUUUAUCAUCAGAACCUUUACUCUUCAUCUGUGAAGUGCUCUUUGUGGGCAUCUUUUACGUCAAAAUUCACAUUUCUAUUUGAGAGAAUUCUAAUUGAGGCUCAAAUGCAUUUCAUUUUGAUCUUGCCGGUCUACUUAUGUA